UACAGUGUUAUUACACUGUGCUUCAAAGAGUCAAACGCUGCUUCAUACAGUUCACGAUCUCAAACCAAUUACCAUAAUUGUCAUACCGCAACUCCUGCCUCUACCUGCACACCACUUGCUCGAUCCAUUCUCUGCACGAAUAGCUCAAUCUCUUCUCUGAAUUUCUACAUCUCAGACCAAUUACCACCAUCGUCACAUCUACCUCCACAUGCGCGCCACUUGCUGGAACUGUUCUCUGCACUGGUUGCUCUAUCUCCUCUCUCUAUUUCUAUGACCUCAUAGCUGUCAGCCACACCUCACCCAUCAUAAGGUAUUUUCUUCUUUGACAUCUUUUGAGCAUCUUCAAAGAUUUUUUGGGUCAUUUUCCUUUCCUUCUAUGUUCCCAUGUCAAAAUUCUGUGCUCAUAUGACAGAAAAAAAAACAUGGGAAUAAAUUAGGGCUAAAGUUUCCAUGCUAUUCUAUUGAGUCUGUAUCAGAAUUUUUUGUUCGUAUGAUAGAAAACCAUGAGCAGAAAUUAGGGCUAAAGUUCCCAUGGUAUUAUGUUGAUUCUAUAAAUUAGGGCUUAAGUAAAAGUAGACCAGCAAUAAACAAAUUUAGUAAAAAAAAAAACUAUUGUGGCCUUCAAUCACCACAAUCUGUUCAUCUUCACAGUUCCAUUCUUGCAAUCGACUUUCGACUUCAGGGGUCAUAAGAGAAGCAAGCAGGAUAGUGGUCUGAAUGGAGCUCCCAAGACAGCAAGACAAAGGUGAUAGUCACAGUAAUAGAAUCAAUGGUAUGUCUAAAAAAAAUCCGUCUGCCAUUCUUCUUGAUGGGGUUUCUCAUGUGUAUGCAUGAUAUGUUCACCACCUGCUUAAGCAUGACUCAGAUGUUAUUAACUAUGUUGUUUGUCAUGUUUUCCAGGUCCAUCUACUGCAUAUUUGGAUUUGGGUGAUUGUGACCAAAUCUGCGAGCAUUGCUAUGCAUGCUUCUGGUAUGCUGAACGACGGAAAGGUCUUCCCGAAAAUCAAAGACCUAAAUAUAGUCGUUGUUGCAAAGGCGGUCGGGUAAUGUUGCCGCUACCAAGGCAGCCUCCAGAGAUAAUUAAAGAACUCUUUAAAGAUAAGCACUUUAUGGAAAACAUCCGUGCUUAUAACAUGAUGUUCACCAUGACUUCAUUCGGGGAAAAAGUGGAUGAUUCAGUUAAUAAUGGGUCAGGGCCAUAUGUAUUCAAGGUAGAAGGGCAGAUUUCUCAUUGGAUGGGAUCUUUGUGUCCACCAACUGAUGGUAAUCCAAGGUUCUUGCAAAUGUAUAUCUAUGAUACUAAUAAUGAAGUUUGCAACAGACUUCGUCAUUUUAGUGGCUCUGAAUUUGGCGAUCUAAAACCAGAAAUUGUCAAGACUUUGAUUGACAUUUUAGACAAAAUCAAUGAUUUAGUCAAGCUAUUCAGAACAGCUAGAGAUAUAUGUCUUCACGAACAACCUCAAGAGUUCAUGGUCAGGUUAUAUAAUAGUGGAAACCAAAUGCGCUAUAAUGCUCCUACUCUGGGUGUGCUAGGCGGAAUUGUUUAUGACAGCGGGCCUACAUGUAAAAAUGAUUUUGACAUAAUAAUCCGCAUGAGAGAUGGGCGGCCUCGAAGAAUAAAUAAGUUGCAUCCUUUGUAUAUGGCGUUGCAGUUCCCGUUACUGUUUGUUUUUGGUGAGCAUGGUUGGUCGAUCGAGCUUAAGCAAGUAAAUGAUGGAUGUAUAGGUGAUAAGCAACUGACGAUGAAUAUGUUUUACAGCUUUCAACUACAUGAUCGGUUCAACAUAUAUGCAUUGUUACCUAGAGGAGGCAGGUUGUUCCAACACUUUUUAGUUAAUGCAUAUAUAUCUAUUGAGCAAAAUAGAUUGGAUUACAUUGAAUCAAUGCAAGAUGUUUUUAGGACCGAGUACCUUCAGGGCGUUCAUGAUGCGUUAUUGAAAGGUGAUUCUGAUGGCCAUGAUGUCGGGAAAAGGACAAUAUUGCCCGCGUCUUUUACUGGCGGUCCUAGAUAUAUGUACAAGCAUUAUCAGGAUGCCCUUGCUAUAUGUAGAGUACAUGGAAAUCCUCAAUAUUUUAUAACAUACACUUGCAAUGUUAAAUGGCCAGAGAUUUCAAGAUAUCUAGCACAAUAUCCUGGAAUGAAGGCUGAGGACAGGGCUGAUAUUAUUGCUAGAAUAUUUGAGAUGAAGGUUAAGGAUUUUAUUCACUAUUUGAAAAAUGAAAAACCUUUCGGACAAGUUGUAGCAGAGCUGUAUACUAUAGAAUUCCAAAAAAGAGGCCUGCCCCAUUGCCAUACUCUCCUGUGGGUCUCACCUCCAUAUAAAAUUCAUACCCCAGAACAGCUUGAUCAGUUUAUUUCUGCUGAAAUCCCUGAUCCAGUCGUUGAUCCUCAACUCUACAAGAUUGCCACCGAGCUUAUGGUGCAUGGACCAUGUGGUCUUGCAAAGAUGAAAGCACCAUGCAUGUUUGAUGGGGUCUGUUCAAAGCAUUUUCCAAAAAAAUAUGAAGAUCUCACACAGUUUGAUAAGGAUGGGUAUGUUCAUUAUAAGAGAAGAAAUGAUGGGUGCUUUGCAGUGAAAUAUGGAAUCAACCUAGAUAAUGGAUAUGUUGUCCCAUACAACAAAAAUCUUUCUCUGGUUUUUCAGGCUCAUAUCAAUGUUGAAUAUUGUGGUUGGAGUAUGAUGAUUAAAUACUUAUUCAAAUACAUUUCCAAAGGAGCUGACCGUAUUAGAGCCAAAAUUACUAAAUCUCUAGGUGAGCCUUCUGAUAAAGUUAAUAAAAAAACAAGCAACAUCAAUGAGAUACAAAACUUUGUAGAUGCUAGAUUCAUUUGCCCUCAUGAGGCAGCUUGGAGGAUAUUCGACUUUCACAUCCAUCAUCGAAAUCUUGUCGUGCAAGUGCUAGCAGUUCAUUUGGAAAACAUGCAAACGGUUACAUUUAAGGACAAACAACUGUUACAAGAUGUUGUUGAUGAUCCAAUGAUAAAGAAAACAACUCUUACACAAUGGCUAAAAAACAAUCAGAUUGAUGACAGCGGUCAUCAUCUUACUUAUCUUGAUUAUCUAUCAAGAUAUAAAUGGAUUGCUCGAGGGAAGGAUUGGUGUCGUAGAAAGUCAAAGAAGACGCCUCCUAUUGGUAGAUUAAUCUAUAUUCAUCCAACAUGUGGUGAGCUCUUUUACCUAAGGAUGCUUCUCAGUCACCAGGUUGGAUGUCAGACAUUUAAUGAUAUUAAGACAGUAGGCGAUGUCAUAUUUCCAACCUAUCGUGCUGCAUGCGAACAAUUGGGCCUACUUGGUGAUGACAAAGAAUGGACAUAUGCAUUCGAUGAUGCUUCUAGCUGGGCAACUGCUGAAGAACUCAGAUCCCUGUUUGCUCACAUGCUUAUAUUUUGUGAUGUUGCAGAUCCUCUUGCUCUAUGGACAAAACAAUGGCGGCGAAUGAGUGAUGAUAUAGUCCAAAGAGCAGCUGCAGAUUCACAUGUUGUGAACUUACAUGUUAAUGAAGUUGACUUGCAACAGUAUGUAUUAUAUGAGUUAGAGAUCUUGCUAAAUUCUAAUAACAGUUAUUCCUCACUUUGUGAUUAUGGUUUGCUUAUGCCUCCACCGCACUUGCUUGCAGAAUUAAAAAAUAAAUUGCUCAUGGAAGAGAGAAAUUAUGAUAGAGUUUCUCUGAGCCAAAAAAAGGAAGUUAUGUUGUCUGCGCUUAAUUCCGAGCAACAUAUUAUUUAUGAGACUGUUAUGAAAGCUUCUUUGCAAAACCAUCAACUGCUUAUGUUUGUUUAUGGGCAUGGUGGUACCGGUAAAACAUUCCUUUGGACCACAAUCAUUUCUGCGCUCAGGUCUGCUGGGAAAAUUGUUUUAGCAGUUGCAUCUUCUGGUAUUGCAUCUCUUUUGCUACCCUCAGGAAGAACAGCACAUUCUCGAUUCAAGAUUCCAUUGGACCUUACCAAUAACUCCAUCUGUAGCAUAAGUAAAAACACACAGCUUGCCCGUUUGCUUAGUGAAACUGCACUGAUUAUUUGGGACGAGGCACCAAUGACAAAUCAAAGAUGCUUUGAGGCAUUAGAUAAGACACUUAAAGAUAUACUUAAUGAGCCAACGCAACCUUUUGGUGGAAAAUCAGUGCUGUUGGGUGGGGAUUUCAGACAAACUUUACCUGUAAAACCUAAAGGGAGCAAGAGAGACAUCAUAGAGUCAUCUAUAGUUGAAUCGUCAGUAUGGAGCCAUUUCAAAGUAUGUAAAUUAUCAAAAAAUAUGCGGCUUCUUCAACCUAAUCUGAGUAACAAAGAAAAAGAAGAAAUUGCUGCUUUUUCAUCAUGGUUGUUGCAGAUAGGAGAUGGACGUGUUGGUGUAGAUGAUGAAGAUGAUCCUACUGACACCAAAUGGGUAGAGAUACCAGAAAAAUAUCUCAUACCAGAUCAUGAAGAUGCUCUUAAGGAUUUAGUUCGCUUUAUAUAUGACGAAGACAUUUUUCAUAAUCCAACAGCAACCAUGUUCUGUGACAAAGCCAUUGUUUGCCCUAAAAACGAAACUGCAGAUGAAAUUAACAACCUCAUAUUGUGUAAUCUGCCAGGGAAACCUAUUGUUUAUCUAAGUUUCGACUCAAUUAUUCCACAUGCGAAUGAUAGAGGGGAUACGGAGGUUCUUUAUCCGUCCGAAUAUUUGAACCUACUUAACUUUAGUGGUUUCCCUACUCACCAUCUUCAACUAAAAGUUGGUAUUCCAAUCAUGUUACUCCGCAACAUGAAUCAGAUGGAAGGGCUCUGCAAUGGAACUAGCAUGAUCAUCACCCAGCUUCUACCAAGACUUAUUCAGGCAGAAAUCAUCACUGGAGUUCAGAUAGGCCAUAAAGUUUAUAUACCUCGAAUCACUUUGAAUCAUACUGAUAAAGAAUUACCAUUCAUUUUCAAAAGAAAGCAAUUCCCGGUCAAAGUUUGUUAUGCCAUGACGAUCAACAAGAGCCAAGGCCAGUCUUUAAACAAGAUAGGAAUUUAUCUUCCUCAUCCAAUUUUCAGCCACGGGCAAUUGUACGUUGCACUAUCUAGGGCUACAUCAACAGCUGGUCUCAAAAUACUGAUUAAAAGACAAGAGGACCAGCCAUCGAAUUGUACAAAAAAUAUUGUCUUCUCAAAUUUUUUAGCAAAAUUAGAAUCUUCACAGGUUGGUAAUUAA